CGUAGUAUCCCGAGUGAUAUCAUUUAGCUUGUAAAUAUGAGCUCAAGCGAGGACGUAGAUCCCCGCCAUGACCAAAGUCCCUCAGAAUCCGAGAGGGAAGUUUCGGGCUGUGAAGAUAAGGAUAUCCCGCCCGUGGGUGCUAAUGUAGAAAUUGGAUGCGAGGUUGAUGAACCCGUGUCAAAAAAUAGCAAAAAUAAAAAUAAAGAGGUUGUUCAACCCACUCGUAGUGGUAAAAGUCAGAAAGGUGUUCAAAAUCAGAAAGGUGUUCAAAAACAGAAAAAACCAAAAUCCAAAACCCAAAGCAAACCCCCAAAGAAAAAAUCUAAGAAAAGUAAUAUGAUAGAUUUAGAUAAUUUGUCCUUUGAGGACGUUGCAAAUUUGAAGAAAAAAUUAGGUCUGGGCUUGUCCACGGGUAUGCACCCAGAAAACUAUGAUGAUGAAGCUUUUUUUCAGCCAGAUUAUGACGAUUUUGACAGUUAUAAUCAACCUAGACCAAAUUUAAGGGUACAAAUAGAUGCGGAGGAUGUUUCAGACUCUGAUUUGUCUUACAGGCAAAACCAAGAUAAUUUUGUACAAGAUAAAAACAUGUCACAAAAUAUGUUAAAUGCAAUGUUUGGGGGUGAUUCAAAAGAAAACACUGAUCCUUCUGAUACUGAAUGGUCCAUGCCAAAACUAAAAUCUGUGGUCAAGGGUGACCCAAUUGUUUCAUCGUUAGCCUCUUUAAUCAAUACUGCUUGUACCUCACAGUGUGAUGUAGAGGAUAUGAUGUUGAAAUAUAACGUCCCUCAAAAUUGUGACAAGUUGUGUCCACCUUUGAUAAAUUCUGAAAUUUGGAAAAUUCUCGAUAAGAAGCCCAAAAGUUAUGAUAGAAUGCUAGUUGAGAUACAAAAUCUGGUUGCGACAGGUGUUACCUCUAUUAUAAAGUUGGUAGAUUUACUGAAAGAGGUUAUGUCGAAAAAUGAUGAUGCAAAACGAACUGUAUCUGAUGCAUUGACCUUAUUUGGUCAGGUUCAGUAUCACUUAUCACUUCGUAGAAGGUAUCUAUUGAGACCACAUUUAAAGAAAAAAUAUAGAAAUCUGUGCAGUCAGAGUACGCCUAUCUCAUCGCAAUUGUUCGGAGACGACAUAGCUAAAGAAAUUAAAAAUUGUGAUGCUGGUAUUUCUAUUUCUUCUCGUAUAGAUCAGUUUAGUAGACCUUUUAUUAGGGGUAGAGGCUCCUUCAGAGGAAACAGGGGUCGUCGUUUUCACCCUUAUGGCGGCUAUGCCUCUAACCAGCCACAGAGUACAGAUACAUACUACCAGCCGUGGCAGUCUAGAGCUAUGUAUAGGCGUGGUGCUAGAGGUCGGGGAAGGCCAAGUGCAACAGUAACAUCCCCAAACGAACAGAAUUGAACAGUUUACCUAAGGCUACCAAGACAUCAAGAUUUGUUGCGACUGACACACAGUGGAGAGGUUCAUCCUCUGGCAAAGCAGAUCACCUUGAUCGGUG